GAGAAUGUAACCGCAACGAUCGAGGCAUGUACGCGUCGUCGUAGCCGCAACGUUGUGUCGAACGAGAAAAGAUGCAGUCGACCUGUCAGCAACGAGCUCAGCCAGGCCAAAACGGAACUUCCGCCAGCAGGACAUCGUUCCUCAUCGAGGAUAUCCUUAGCCGCGGUACCGUCACUCCGCACACCCAUCAUCAUCAGCUGCACCAUCAACACUUGACGUCGACCUCCGGCCACGGGCAACACCAUCAGUACCAGCAGUUCGCCAGUUUGCUCCCCGGUUAUCCCGCGGCACCACCCGCCGCGGCGGCUUUCUUCUUGGGUCCUCUCUUCGGUAGCGCUGGCAUGGGGGUCGGUGUCGUGCCAGGGGUCGGGGAACUAGCAGCUCUUAAGCAUUGCCGACGACGGAAGGCUCGAACCGUAUUCAGCGAUCAGCAGCUGGCAGGUCUAGAAGCGAGGUUCGAGAUGCAGAGAUAUCUGAGCACGCCCGAGAGAGUAGAGCUGGCGGCGGCGUUGAACUUGUCGGAGACCCAAGUGAAAACAUGGUUCCAAAAUCGACGGAUGAAGCACAAGAAGCAGCUGAGGAAGCUGAACACAAGCGGCAGCAACAAUUCCAGUUCAGGCCAGCAAUCGAUAUCCAUAACGUCGCCCGCUGAACGUCCCGUAGACUUUUCGCUGAGUGGUGGCCGCGAGUCGCGCGCGAGCAGCGACGCGCCCGCGGACUCCGAGGACGAGGACGAUGACGAGAUCGACGUGCUGGGUGAUGAAACACCGUCACCGACGCCAACGCCAACGGUGACGCCGACUCCGAUGCCGGCGCCGGCGCCGACGCCUACUCCUAUACCUACUCCGGCUCCGACGCCGACCUUGACGUCGACGUCGACGGUUUCGACCCCGACGUCGACGCGUACCGGUACUCUGCCAUCUCUGUCCAGACGCGGCACGCCACCAAGGAUCCUCCACACGGCGAUUCAUCCGCACUCGCAUUCGCAUUCUCAUCCGCAUCCGCAUACGGUCAGCCUUCACCAUCAGCACGGCCAACAUUCCGCCCAACGUCAGCAUCGCUGAGACGCGUUACGACGUCACCGCUUGACUUUUAUCAGAAUCACGGCAGCCACGCGUAGAAAAGAAUGGAUGAUCUUUGUCCGUGGUUACUGGCCAUCCCCGGUAUCCCCGCGACGACCGGAUCUACCGAGAAUUUACCUUAGGCUAAAGCUCGCCGCAUAACGGAGAACACGGAAUUCGGCAGAGAUCGUCUCCGCUCGAAGGACCGAGAGAGGAGAGAAACCAAUGAUCUUCGUGGAACGUUUUUAAGCGGUAUUUACCUGUCACUGAAAUAAUUCGCGCUAUUCAACGCAGAACGAUAUCGUUGCUGGAGCGUCGCUGGAUUUUCCCGCUUGCGUAUAACGUAAUAAAAAGAGG